GUCUGUGCCCUCUUUCUAAAAGCGCAGACAAGGGCCUCGCAGUGCACAUGGAGCGAGAUGAAAUGGAGGGGUCGAUAAUGUUACACAAAUUACAUAGUUUUAUUUGGUUCUGAUCAGGCACAUCACGAAUCAUGGACUCUAAUACUCAGUAUCAGUAUGGGACCAUGGACACAGGAGAGACAGACAGCAAGAAACAGAAAAUGGAUGCGAAUACCUGGAGCACAGCUGGAUCUUAUCCAGUACCACCACCCUACCCUUAUGCUACUCAGAACACCAACACCAAUACCAACACAAAUACCAAUACCAACACCGGUUACACCGCCCCCUCCACCACCAGCUGGAGCACAGGCUACGGAGGGGCACAGCAGCAAGCAGGGGCGGAUUCUUAUGGCUGGGGCAGUUAUGCUGGCUAUGGACAAGGAUGGGGGACAGGACAAACUGGAACGAACAGUUGGGGAGGGGCAACUACUGGGCAGGAACAGGGGACUGGGUACGGGGUGGAUCCUAACCAGUACAGUCAAUCCAGCUACAGUGGAGGAUGGGGACAAGGCUAUAACUACAGCACUUCUACAGGCGUAGACUCCAAUUAUGGCUAUGGGGACAACUCUGGCUAUUAUCGAGGAAACUGGAGAGGAGGUCAGAAUAAAGGCACAGGGUUCAAUCAGAGAGGUGGCUAUGGUCAGAAUCAGGGAUAUAGAAGUAACUAUGGUCAAACAGCAAGUGGGGAUACAACCUUUGGAAAUAAUGAGACUGCUCCACCACAAACAGGAAACGGAAAUAUCCAGAAGCCUUUUGGAAACGGAAAUCCUGUUCAGGAACCGGCUCCUGCUGCACCAGUUCCUGCUGUAAGCCAGCCCACAGAAAAUGUACCGAGUCAGCCAACACCUGCUGCAGACACAGCCCCAGUUUCAAAUGAAGGGAAAACUCUCUUGGGGACUCCAGCUACUAGACCAAACCAUGGCUAUAGUGGUCCUGCUCCAGACAUGAUGGGGAUGCCGUUUGGUAAUCAGAAACAUUUCCCAGGCAUGAGAGGGGGAUUUUUUGGUCAGGGAGCUUUUGGAGGAUUCCGAUUCGGAGAUGGGCCGAGACCACGUGGUGGUGGCGGUGGCGGUUUUGGUGGUGGCGGUUUUGGCGGUGGCUUUGAUUGGUACAGGAACAGAGGAGGUCCUGGAGGAGGUUUUGGCCGUGGAAGAGGAAUGGGUAUGCAGAAGCGGAGAUGGGAGAAUCCUCAUCCAUCAGAAAUGGAUAAAACUCCAAUACCUGAAAAACUUGAAAAAAUGAUCAAGUAUGUAAAAUUACAGAAUUGUAUUAAUGAUGAUGUUAUACAUGUCAUUGAUCGUUCUGCUGAUAAUUGCAAGCAUGGUCUGAGGGUAGAAUACAGAAAUGACGUGAAGGUGAGAGUAGAUGGAGUUGAUAAGAUAUCAGGAAGAUUGUUUUUAAGUUCGGUCUUCCUUGCAAGAAGCAUUGGUCUCAGGAAAAGGGAAGUGAAGGAAGACUGCUACAAGCAAGCUAUUGAAAUCCUCACAACCAAAACAGUUGAGGAAAUCAUGGAGUUAGAAGAUGUUGGUCCAGAGGCAACAGAAAAACAACUGCUGGAUGAAUAUGAAAAGAAGAAAGCAGAGGUGCAGGCAGAAAAUGUGAAACUCAAUGAAGGAAUUACAUUGAAGUCCCGUGAAGAGAAACUAGUCCAGCUGAUCGAAUAUCUGAAGAGUGGCAAGAAAACCCCUCACAAUGUAUUUGUCGAGUUGGACGAUGCUCUCAUAAAUUCAGAGUGUGGACUCUGUCGCACAUAUUCCGAUGAAGAAUUUUCAUUGCCAGGUGGGGAAGUGUGGUAUCGAGGAGCCUAUACUAUCAAUGACACCUUGAUUGGUGGCGCUUCAGGAAAAUCAAAAGAAGUUGCGAAGCAGUUGACAUACGAAAGGUCAAUUAACAUCUUGAGAAGAGCUCCGCUUAAUGUCAUCCUGGCAGGAAGCACACAGGAUGAACUGGAUCCCAAGCUUCCGUCUUGUCCAGCUUUUCAUGCACUUGGAAACGAACAUAUUCCAUUACCAGAUGACGGUACUGAAGAGAAGCUGGCCUAUCUGAUCAGCGAUGUUAUGGACUUUCCUAAAGGAACACCCCUAAGUUCGGAGAUCGACAAUGCUGCACGAGAGUAUGGCCUGACUGUCACAAAUGUCUACAAACGAGGUCCCUCGGACCACACCAGAUCAAGCAUGUCAUGUGAAGUUUACCUGGAUAACAUUUUCAUCGCUGAAGGUGAAGGGUUCAGAAGAUUGGAGGCUGAGGAAGUUGCAUAUGAGAACACCUAUAAGGUUCUGUGCACCACCUCAUCAGAUGUUCUUUACAGCGAUUCCAGAAGAUUGAUUCACACUGAAUUGAUGAAUAUGCCACUGGUGUCUGAGGUGUGGAUCAAGGGGUUCUACAAGAUGAUGCAUUGGUCAAACUGGUCCAAAGUAAGAAACCUGAAGAAGGCCAUCCUCGUCAAGGGGGAUCCAGACUACACUGAGAUUAAAAGGCCAAGCGAAGACAUCAUUCUCUUCGAGAAUCAAAAGGCAGGAUUUGACCGAUUUGGAAGGGCGUAUGACAUCUUGCAGCUGAGUGCUACCAAUAAUUUCAUGCUGCUCCAAGGGAAAACCACAAACUAUGGCGACUUGUACAGAUGCCAGCUGUUCUUGGAGGGGGAACUGAGGUCUGAAGCAGUCUCAAUGCACAAUCUUGAUGCCACCAACCGUGCUUCUGUCAAGCUGCUCUUCAAGUUGUACUUGACUCAGAUGACUAUCAAGAUCGUCCCCCUAGAUCAACCAUCGAUUUGGCACACCUAUGAGACAAUCAAGGCUUUAGCUGACAAGAUGAAAUCAGAGAGUGAGGACACCAGCACGGACGACAUCGUCUACGUGCCAGACUAUGUCCCUAAGCCACCAGAGAAGGACGAACUGGAACCUCUGCAGGGGCAGGUCAAGGGCAAUGCUGUGGGGGAUGCCAGUGCUGCCACAUCAGAAAAAAAUGAUACAGACAAGGGAGGCAGUGACAGCGUUGCAGAUCCAGCUCAGAAUGAUGCAGACAAAGGAGAAAAUGCUGAUGCUGAUGCUGAUGCUAAUGCUGAUGCUGCUCCUGCCCCUCCAGUCACCCAGGACACCGACACUGACAAAGGGGCUGAUGCUGAUGAUGACCCUGCUACACCACCAACCAUUCCAAUCAACAAGUGGGUGAAAGUCAUCUUGGAUAAGAUGAUCGAGGAAUAUGCCAGGACAGAAACUAUGGAUGAACUGAUCUUUGGCCCAGGGCUUCCUGAAAAUGAAACCAGACAUGUCAAGGUUACUGUGGCCAACUUGCAGCAGUAUUUCUAUUGCAAGAAAACUAAGGAGGGAUCUGAUAUAACUGUCCUCUAUCAAAAACAUUCGCCCGAGAAGGUUGUAGAAAUCUUGAACAAGAGUGAUGGAGAGAAUGGUGGCUAUUCAUUCGUCCCAAAGGACGCGCUACCCAAGUAUGAGGAGUUCAUCGAAUUCGUACGAUCUGGAAGAAACAAGCCCAUAAGAUUAAAACCAGGCGAAAAUCCAGAGAAUCUGUCCGGGCAGGAAGGUCCAAGAAGGUUUUUGAAAAGAAGAAGAUUUCGUAAACACGAGUUUGUGCGUGCCCAGCAGCAGCAACAGAAGAACUGAGAGAAGAAAAUCAGAUUUAUUGACAAUAGGCAGCAAUCAUGUAUGGAAUGAAUCUGAAGAUGGAAGAUGCGUGCCCUGGAACAUCAGAUUGUCCAAAGAAAUUGGGGGUUAUAAGUCUGUCAAAUUUAUUCGCUGACUGCCGACUAUGUCAUGGUGCAGCCUGACAAUGAAGUUUAAAGUUGCAUUGAUCGGAAAUACUUUCAAUGUUCGUUUAAGCCUGAUUCAUCAUGUGACCCAGACAUUUUAAUGUGUUACUUUUAUCAUACAAUUUGCAUACUAUGGUGUACAUUUUGAACUGUUGGUCUUCGUUCAAUCAUUGCAGCUUGUGCAAGAGGUGGCAUUGUCAAAAAGAAUCCAGAAAAGGUUUUAGAACCCUUCAUGUAUGAAACCAAUACCAUAACAGAAUGCAAUGUAUAUUUUGUAUUUAAGCCCCUAAAAGACCUUGCCUUUUAAUAACUAUACUGACUAGCAGUAUAUGGGGGGAACCUCAUGAGUUAUUGUCCUUGAGGUGCAUGGACGCAGUAGUUAUUCUUGUUUAGUAAAUGUAGAAUUGUAGUUCACUGACAAACGUUCAAUUGAUAAACAAUGUUCAUGUUUUUUUCCUACAAUGAUUGAUAUGUCUAUGAUGAUUGUUUUAUAUGAUUUUCAUAGGAAGAAUUAUUUUUUGUAUUAAUUGCAUUUAUUGAAAUUUCAUUUUGAUGACUGACUCACACCUGCAUGUGGUCCUUCCUUCACAUGCUGUUUCAGGAGCUAAAUGGGAAAGAUGUUAGUGGUGUUAUUUUCCUGGUGUUCUGUGCAUUUUGGCACAUUUUUUAUUCAUAUGACAUAUGCCAAUAGCAUACUCUUCAUUAAUCACUAUUUUACCUUCUUCUUGUGUUGGUAGUUCUGGAAAUGAUGUCUUGAAAAUUUUACUCCAGUUUUAUGUUGCAUUGUCAUCACCAGUGUCUUAAAUAGUGGACGGCCUCGUCCAGUCUUGAGUGUCAUUCGAAUGAAAGAUCAUUUGCUAUUGAGACGACUUGAUUUCUAAAAUGCCACUAAUCAGAUUAAUCCAAUCAGGAUUAGUGUCAACUGAAAGAUCUUGCUUGAUUAGCAUUUCUGUUUCUAGAAAUUGACCUUUAAAACUAACGUCAAUAUGCAGUUCAUCUCAUAACUAUUUUGAGUUUAAAAAUCACUCUUUGAUCAUUUGACACAUGUAAUGAUGUUGAAUUUUUGGACUAGCUAUUGUGCUAUUAUUAUACCGUGCAAGUAUUUCAAAAUGAAAUAUGUUUAUCUUCACUGGUUUUGUUGUUGUUUUUGUAGUCUUGAUGUAACAGUAGCUUAUCUAUCAACUUUUGCUUGGGAUAAUAGUCAAGAACAUUGGAAUACCCUUGGUUUCCCUUGGAGGUACUGAUAUGAACUCAGCACACUAAGAUGCGCAAAUUUGUAUUAGUUAUUUCCAUCUACCUGAUACCUUGAAGUGCUUCAUUCUUGUUGAAGUGAGGUGAAUGGUUGAUGGAAAUGUAAUUUCUGAUUGCCAUUGAUCCAAACAUUUGUGACAAAAUAUAUUAAACCUCCAAUAUUUCAGGCCUUUUUGGAGGAAAGCAAAUAAGUCUUGUUUUUGCUUUUCAUCUAUACCCCAGUAAAAGUUGAAGUAUGUAUCAUUUGAAGGGACUUGUGCACACUAUUGGAUUCUUUUGUUACAAAAUGUUAAAUUCUGUCAGCACAGGACCUACAAUGCAAUAAAAUAUUUCAUUAAA